AUGAUUUGUAGCAAUUUAGAAAUCGUAGAAAAUAAUGAAAAACUCACGAGCAAGGAUCUUGUAUAAAAAAUGGAAGCUUAUUGUUUAGAAAUGCAGUAAUGCAUUGAAGUAUAUUUCAUUAAUUAAAAUAUUUAGUCCUUCUUCAUGAGAAUUGAUAAUUUACUUGAUUAAAUAAUUAAUGACUCUUUCAAUUCCUUUAAUUAAAAUUUAGAAUAAUCAUAAUAAGCAAUGCUUCAUUAAUAAUUUAUUUUAUUUCCCUCAUUAGCAAUACCAAGAUUUUGGAAUUAAUAAUUUGGAAAUGAACUAAUUCAUUCAAUAUCCUCAUUAUUGAAGUUUUCUAUUGAAAAUUAAAUAAAAAAGAAUGUGGAAGGUCUUAAUUUAGACAAUAGAGCAAUUUAGAAAGAGAAUGAUAUGCUUAGAUAAAGAAUUAGAAUCAAGCUUGAGAAAUUAUUCUAAAGAAUUAGCUUUUUCAAUAAAAUUUAAAUAACAAGACAGAUAAAUUUUAGAGAAAGGAAAAAUAGCUUUGGCCUAUAAAAUGUUUUGCUGGUAUGGAUUUGUGAUCAACCUUUUCCAAAAAUUUAAUUCUGGUAUAUGCUUUAGAGAUAUUAUCUCAAAAGAUUAUCAAGGAUAAACUUCAGAGAUAGGUCAUGGGUAUUGCAUUUAUUUAUAAUAGAUAUUAUUUAAUGUGUAAGGAUGGAUAUCUAUAUUCUCAUCAUGAGAAAGUAAAAAAUAGAUGACCUUUAGGGAUUCAAAUUGAAAGUAAAUGACAUCAUUAAAAUAACUUUUGAUUUGAAGUAGUAGAUAAUAAAAUGGGAAAAUUUAAAAUCGAAUUAAUCAUAAGUAAUUUAGUAAUAUAUGAAUUUAUAGACUUUAACGCUUGAAACUAAUUAUGGAUUGUAUUCCUGUUUUAGAUUAGCUUCAUCAAAAGUUCUAUUAAUUGAAUGA